AUAUAUUAACAUACAUGUACAUAUCUAUGAGAUCUUGAACCAUUAACACAUUUAAGAGCCUAAAUCAGUUCAGUGUUUAUAUUUUGAAUGUGCCAAUAUUAAACAAUGUUGAAUUGUUUUUCCUGGAGAGAUCAUUGUACAAUUGACAGCUAGAAACCAAUAUUUCUUAUCAGUCCAUAGGUUAAGUACAGUAUAAACCCUUGUAUACUCUGUGUAUGUGUCAGCCUAGCCCCGGGGGUGAGUGUAAUUCAUGGACCGUCCCCGGGGGACAGGACAGAAACACUGACACAGCGAGAAUCAGGAAGAUUAUAAUAGCAACAACACUUCCUAUAACAGGGGAUAAACAAGCUUUAAGUUUGGUCCACUCUCAAGAGACUGUCUCCACCUCGACCUCUGAGUAUGAGCUGACGGUCAACAUCACGGGCACUGACCCCAGUAAACAGUACCGCCUGGGCUAUGGAACCACCUCCGAGAACCUAACCUGGGUUGAGCUGGCCGGGGGUGAUGCUGCCACCUACCUCCUGUAUCCAGUCAUUGGACUCAACCCCGGGGUCACUUAUAGGGUCAAGGUCGAAAAAUCUGGGGCAGAUAUCUACAAUCAGGAGGUCACAACCAACCCACUACCACCGGUGAACAUCCUGGUCACAUCAGCAGGAACCCACUUCCUGACCAUCACCUGGGAAACGGACCCCGGGAGUACCCAGGAUGGGGGCCGAGUUCUGUUAUCCUCCAACGGGUCAGAGGUUAUGACCUUUGAAGCGACCUCUGGAAAACAGGUCAAUGCCACGAACCUUCAGCCUGGGGUCAGGUAUUCCAUCAGUGUGAUAACGCUCAGUAGAGGGAAGGCCAGCGUGGAGUCCCAGCCCCACGCGGACAACACCGUGCCCCUAGCCCCCACUCUGACCUCUGUACAGGCCGUGGACACCAAGACCCUGAUGAUUACCUGGACUACCCAGGGAGACCAUGAUGAUGUGCUUUUGACAGCCAUCUACAACGACACGACCAACGAGGAGAAGACGCAGAAGCUGACCUGUAGGAUGCUGUUCACGUUCUGCCUGGUGGACGUCCUCGGGGUGCCGGGGCAGAAGCUGCUGAUCCAGGGCUACACCACCCUGGGGCAGAGGCAGAGUAAUCCCUACAGCACCUACCACUCCACAAAACCAGAGACAGUGCUCGGUCUGCUAGACAACUCCAGCUCCACAUCUCACCUCCAUCUCACCAUCCUACCCCCAUCCUACUCCUACUUCAACCUGUACAACAUCGAGGUGUUCCGAGACAACGACUCGGAGCUAGUGUUCGAUCAGAACAUCUCGCUGGCUCGCGACGAGACGGACAUAUUCCUGUGGAACUUGACAGCUGGAACUCUCUACAACUUCUCCGUGACGACGCGAACUAUCUGGGAAGAGAGUGACAUAUUCUCCACAGAGUUUGUGACAUAUCCGAAUAGUCCAGAGAAUCUCCAAUUAACAGAGGUCACGAACUCUAGCGUGACCUUGACCUGGAUGCCGGUGGCCUCUGGUGGCUUAGAUUACUACCAGUCCAGUAUAUCCCCGCGGGAAACACUCACCAAGUCACCUGUCUUGCAGUACAAUCUCCAGGUGAGAGAGGUGACCUUCAGUAGCCUUGUCCCCGGGAAAAACUACUCGGUCGAUGUUCGCGCUGCCAAACAGAAGAAGCUGAGUCCCCGAAUCUCUGCCGAAUUCCUCACUUUGCCAAAUCCCCCGGAAAUGGUCAACAUCACUCCCAUCAGUGGCAGAGAGCUGGAUGUUGAUUGGUCGCCACCGGCCAAUGGAAUAGUGGAUUACUACACUUUGUAUCUGACAUCUGACCACGCCCAUCAGAUCAACGUUACGGAUAAGGUGUUCAUCAGCUACCACAGGUUUACCUCGCUUCACCCCGGGGAGACCUACACGGUUCAUAUCCGGUCACACGUGGCCAAUGUCAUGAGUUCAGAGGUCACCAUGUCAGCCAUGACCUAUCCAAGUUCUGUGGCCGAGCUGUAUGUGGAAUACGUGGGGACCCGGUCUGUCAACAUCUCAUGGCCACGCCCCAACGGCAGUGCCUUUGACACGUUCGAGAUCGCCAUAGACCCUCCCCAUGUCAACGCCCCCAUACGCAUACCUGAUGCUGAUGACAUCUUACAGUACACUUUCACUAACCUGACCCCAGGUCAGCUGUACAAGAUCUCCAUAGCAACAGUCAACAGUGGAACUCAGAGUGAUCAGGCCAGCGUUUAUGUCAUCACAGAACCCCUCCCUGUGGAGGAGCUGAAUGUGACCUCGGGUGACCCUUACACCCUCAACGUGGAGUGGAGCACCCCAGACCCUGCACAACAGCACCACUUCAAUCUGCAGUACCAUGACUGGUUGGACAGUGGGAAUACUUCCUUCCCCAUGGUGCUCGCCCUCCACGACCAAUCCAAGUACGAGACCCACAUCCUCAGCCUGAAACCGGGUCACCAUUACUCGGUGUACGUCCAGGCUAAGCAGGUCAAGGACACAGGAAACGGGUCACUGGUGGCGUACAGCGCGUGGCAGAGUGUCAACAAGACGACCAAGCCAAACAAAGUGAUGAACUUGAUGUACACAGCGUCACACGACAACAUCCUUCUGACCUGGUUGCCAGGCAACGACAGUAUGCAGGACAGUUACUUUGUGUGGUACCGGGCUCGUCUCCAUGGCGACUACAGCCAGUGGAUGAAGAAUAUUAGCAGUGAUACGCGUAUCGAGCUUACGUCGUUGUUCCCAGGACUGAUGUACGAGAUGGUGGUGUUCGCAGUCAGCCAUUCCGAAAUGAGUCCGCCCUCGGUCGUGUCAGCUCUCAUGUCUCCUCUGCCUCCCAGCGAUGUAAUGGUGACCGCCAUUAGCAAUGACAGCCUCUCUCUGAAUUGGACGUUUAACAGUAACGCCACCUUCGUGGAGAGCUGGAAUGUUACACACACCAGUCUAAUUGACGGAACCUCAGAAACGGCAACAAUCCUAGCCAACGCCUCGCAGAAUGUCAUCAAUUAUAACGUUACUGGACUCACUUCUGGACACACCUAUAGCAUCUCCAUCUACAGUGUUGUCCAAAAUGUGGUCUCUGAAGCUAUUAGCCUAAAUGUCUCAGUCAAGCCAGACAUAGAGACGGUUUUAUCAGAAGGCACCGUUGGCAGUAAUAACCUGACAGUGUCGUACACACCGACAGACAACUACUUUCAGUUUUAUGUCUUUGAGCUGCUGUCCCCAUAUUCGGUCCAGAGGAAGGACAGAAACGACUCGGACCGCAGCGUGGUGUUCUCCGGGCUGCAGGGCGGGACCAAGUACACGGUCAGGGUCAUGGCUGUCAGCGGGGACCAGUCUAGUCCCCCGAGGUUCAUACUAAUUCGCACUGUCCCAGAGUUGCCCUUUGUGGAGAGAGAGAUGACUGCCAAUUACAUCAAGUUGAAAAUCCACAAGCCCCCAGGGAUUGUUGAUACCUACAAUGUGAGUUGUUCGCAGAACUGUGGAUCACAGUCCAGGCCUGCCAAUCAGACGAUAGUCGAGCUAGAGUUUGGUCCCUUGAAUCCCUACACGGAUUACAAUUUCGUUAUUCAAGCCAUCGCUGGGGACAAAGUGAACUCGCUAUUUGUCUACUCCAGAACGGAAGAAUCAGCCCCCUCUGCUGUGCAAAAUCUGAACGUGGUUGAGAUAUCACCUAGAACUGUAAAUGUGAGCUGGUCACCCCCAAUGUAUCCGAAUGGAAUCGUCCGGUCUUAUCACAUUACAUACACAGCUGAGGAUGAAACUGGACAUAUAAUGGACCAAGGACAGGCCGACAUUACGGUGACCCCGGAACUAUUGAGUGCCCAGACCUUCAGACAGAAGUUUGUGGACCUGAAGGCCGGCCUGAAGUACACGUUUAGAGUUUCAGCUAAAACAGUCCUUGCAAAUAUUCCAGAGAAAGCUGAAAUUGUCCUACGCACAUAUAAUCCACCGAUUAAAGAUGGCUUAACUCUGAGCCAGACCAAACCAAAACAGUUGACAUCCGGGGGUCAAACUGUGACCCCUACAACCAUCACCGCCAACUUCACCAACGCCUUCUCGGACAAGUACGGCCCCAUCCAGGCCUAUAUUGUCAUAAUAGCCACCGACGCCGACGAAGAGCACAUCAAAACCAGCACGCUGCCCGACUGGAAGGCAGCACAGGUCAACCCGAACAUCAAGGCCUAUCAGACUGUGCGCAACUGCUCCGACUUCUUCCUCCCAUCGUCUUCCUGCGGACGAGCGCGCAAUGUGCGCAGCACAGGGGGAGAGAAGAGCUUCAAGGUGUUCGAGAUCGGAGUGGAGGCAGAGUGUGCUAACGUGCCGUACUGUAACGGUCCGCUCAAACAGAAUACUAAGUACUAUGUUAGACUGAGGGCGUACACUGCGGGGGGAUACGCUGACACCGCUUACUCUGAUCCCAUUGUUACAGGAACGGUCCCUGAUCCAGAUGAAGGACCAGGCACAGGGGCCAUCAUUGCCGCUGUGGUCAGCUCCAUCUUUGUUGUUCUCUUCAUCAUCGCUGUCUUCUUUGUUCGUCGUCGAUUUCAGAAUAAGAGCCCGGGACAUACCCCUGGAGGACCGUCUCCUAGAACCAGCUUCAGCCGGCACAAGAAGAGCCAUGAAGUCAAGGUGGCAGACUUUAAGGACUACAUUAAGACCCUGUCUGCAGACUCGGACUUUAAAUACGCAGAACAGUUUGAGGACCUGAAAGAAGUGGGACGAGAACAGACUUGUUCUGCAGCAGAGUUACCGGUGAACCGCGGGAAAAACCGAUUUACCAAUAUUCUGCCGUACGACCAUUCCCGAGUGAAGCUGCUUCCGACAGAUGAUGAAGAGGGGUCAGAUUACAUCAAUGCAAACUACAUGCCGGGUUACACCUCUAAGCGAGAGUACAUCGUGACCCAGGGACCCCUCCCCUCCACGAGGGACGAUUUCUGGCGGAUGAUCUGGGAGCAGAACAUCCGUAACAUUGUGAUGUUGACCAGGUGCACCGAGAAAGGCAGGGAGAAAUGUGAUCAUUACUGGCCGCCACACUCGGACGCCAUGUUUUACGGUGACCUGCAAGUGGCAGUACUAACGGAGACCAGGUUUCCUUCCUGGAGCAUCACAGAAAUGAAGAUAGCUUAUGGUAAUGUAACACGACCCAUCAGACACUUCCAUUUCACCGCUUGGCCGGACUUCGGGGUCCCGGAGCGACCCCAGAGCUUGAUCAAGUUUGUACGCAUCGUGAGGGACCAGAUGAUCAGAGAGUGUGGCCCAAUGCUGGUCCACUGCAGUGCGGGUGUCGGACGAUCAGGGACGUUCAUCGUACUGGACCGCCUCCUACAGGAAAUCAAGGAGCGAGACACGUUGGACAUCUUUUCCAUCGUCCACGACCUGAGGAAGGAGAGGGUGUGGAUGGUGCAGACAGAGCAACAGUACGUGUGUGUUCACCAGUGUCUGCUCUGUGUCCUAGAGGGACGAGAAGAGGAGCAUGUGUAUCAAAAUCUCGGAAUCGCUAACGCCGCCUUCGACGCUGAUGAUGAAGGGAUAAAUGUGGAAAUCCCUUGAGGGGCCUCCUUUCCCCAGUGUUAUUAUCUGUAUAUCAUCGCAAGUUGCUGUUUUCACUAACAUAGAAGCAUACCGAUACAUCAAGGCUGAUCAAAUGACACAUUUCAUAGCUUUCAGAAAUUGUCAUACAUGUAUGGUAUUGAACACAAUUUUUUGUGAAUUAUUUUUCACUUCAAAGACGAUUCUGUUAAACUGUAUAAUGUUUUUGUAAACGCAUUGUAUACAAGUUCUCAAGUUUCUUUUUUUUUUCAUUAGAAUAUAAUUCAGUAUUUAAUCAUGCAAAAGAACUUGUUGAAAUAAUUUUAUAAAGAAUUAGUUAAGAGGCGUAAGAAAUUGCCAAAAAUAUUAUUUUUUGAUGAUUUGAAUAUCAGUGAAAAUCCAUGAAGGACUUUUUUUUUUAAAGAUAUUGUGUUUGUUGAUGCAACUUUUUCCCGGAUAUGCAUUUAUUUUUUACGCAUAUCAUACUUCACAACGAAAUGCAGAAUACAGCUUAAUUUGUUUUGAUGCAUGACGCAUCAUUCUUAAAGCAUGUUUUGUGCACAGUUUAUACUGCCAGUAACUCAUACAAUCUUGUACCGUUGACUUAUCAGAGGUACGUGUAGUGAUCAAUUAAUUUUUUCUCAUUAAAUGAUAAGAUUUUUAUGCCAUGUGUGUUUUUUUUAAUUAUCAUGUGUAUAUUAUAUAUAUCUUUGGUCGUGAUAUUGUAAGGUUGUGCGAUUUGUCAUAUCAUCUUUGUUGGUGCUGUGAAGCCUUUUUGUAAAUAUAUCCAUUCCAAAAUCUUUGUACAUCUAUUGUUUUAUUUUUUAUAUUGAUAUUUAUUAUGAUUAUAUGUAUUUAUUGUUGGGCCAUGUCGUUUUUUUUGUGUACUACUAUUCUUGUAGUGGAAAUCUUCCCAUUAAGCAUUGGAAGUCAGAUUUAGCUAAGAAUUAUAAUGUCAUUGAUGAAAUAUCAGAUUAUCAACGAACAUUUCCUCAGUAUAUCUGCCAUUUUCUAUUUCUGUAUACAGUGUGUGUUUAUGCAUGUAUAAUUACUAUGUACAUGUACAUACACACAAAAUUGAUUCCACUUCCCCAGUCAACCAGAAAUUGGGAACAUUAUUUUUUUUUAUUGUUUAAAACAUUUCAUACAUGUAUAUUUGUCACAAAAAAUGAAUUCUUUAUAUUUUUUUUUUGAAGAACAAUUUUUACUGUUACAACUGUUUUCUGUAAUUAGGAGGGAUUAAUUGUUUAUACUUGAACAAUGAAUUAAUUAGGAACAUUUUUGGGAUUUAUGUAACUAUAUCAUUGCAAAAAAGUUUUCUGAUUUUUUCCCAGCAAUUGAAAUUCAAUUUACAUGCUUUUAUUGCAUCUUAAGGUGCCAUGAUAUUUUUGUACAUGUAGAGAUAUUUUAUAAAGCUAUUCUUUGUAGAGUUUAUUAAGGUUGUUAUGUAGUGCCUUAUUUAGUAUGAUCUGUAAGGAGUGUCUGAGUCUCUCAUACUCUUUAUUCAAACUCAACAUUGGGGCAUUAUUCCAAGAAUCUGUAAGAUUUGAUAUUAAAUUUUUUUUUUUGUAUUUUACCAAUUUUUUUGUUUUUUUUUAGUACAAUGUAUCAAUUUAAUAGAAUAAAAUGGAAGUUCUGUGUACAAGAUAAUUAUUUACAUCCAAAUUUGUUUUUGUAACACUUAACCUUAUUGGCAAUGUGCUUCAAUUUAUUCAACACAGAGCCUAAUUUUUAUUCGCAGCAACUUUAUUUCACUUUUUAUCAGAGAUGAAUCAAUUUCCUGCUGCUAAUUUUCGCGCCAAGCCUUAUAGAUCUAAACCUGUGUUGUUAAACCCAUUUUGCAAGGACUGGUUUGCCGCGGGAUACAUUUAGUGGAUAAUCUCUCGUGAACCUUGCUGCGAAAAUUGUCUUGCAUGCGAAUAAAAGUUAGUUAACAGUUACUGAUUUUAAAACAUUCAAGUUAAUUAAUUGUCUUGCACAACAGUUGUGCCUUGACGAAAUUGAGCAGGGCGAUAUUUUUUACAGUCUUGUCAUCUGGCAAAAAAAAAAUACAUGCAUCGUAAAGAAUUACAGUAACCUUGUACCAGUUUACAUUCUGUCAUUAUUUGUCAAAUGGUUGAUUUUUAGGACAUCUCAGCAUUGUAGUUCUUCGAAUUUUGGCAUUACAUGUAUUUUUGGAGAAAGUAAAUCCAAUACAGUAGCUUUGAUUUCUAUAAACAGUUGCUAACAGUAGUUUUAUGUUGUUGAUUUAAGUUGAUAAGAAUUAGUAUUAAACUAUUUAAAUGAUAGAAUAUUCCAGAUUUUGUAAUUAUAGAUUUCAAGGAUGUAGUAUCUUUUAUAUUCCAGAUUUUCAAAAUGUAUUAUCCACUUUUGUGUGUUGGGCAUUGUAUAUCUAAUUAGUGUUUUGUUUGACUUUCGUGUGUAAAAUGUGCACAGUGUAAAACUUUAACAAGCUAUUAUCAGAAUAUGGUGUUUACCUUUGUGCUCCCCUGUAUGGUUUUUUCCCCCACAUGAAUGUAAGUGUUGUAUUUUUGUACAGUACUGUACUAAUUCUUUGAAUCAGCAUACCAUCACGUGAUGUUUUGUUUUUAAUGAUGUGACUACUCACCUGAAAAGAAAUAAGUUUUCUUUUACAUCUAGUCAGCAUUGAAGUUCUGACCUCAAUUUCCAAUAACGAAAUGAAUAAAUAUACAAAUAU